GCGUUCGUGAUCUCGUUUACCUCAGACUUCAUUCCCAGGCUGGUGUACCAGUACAUGUACAGUCAGACGGGCACCAUGCACGGCUUCAUAGACCACACCCUGUCUCACUUCAACGUGUCUAACUUCCGACCUGGCAACGCCCCCACCUCCUCGUCCCUCCCUGAGAUCACCUUCUGCAGGUAUAAGGACUACAGAGAGCCUCCAUGGGCAGCUGAAGCCUACCAGUUCUCUAAAACCUACUGGGCCGUCCUAGCUGCCAGACUGGCCUUCGUCAUCCUCUUCCAGAACCUGGUGAUGUUCCUGAGCCUGCUGGUUGCCUGGGUGAUCCCGGACGUGCCGAAGAACAUCAGUGAGCAGCUGAAGAGAGAGAAGACUCUGCUGGUGGACGUGUUCCUCCGAGAGGAGAAGGAGAAAUUCCACCUCCUCCAGAGCCUCUUCUCCUCCAAGGACCAGCCCAGCCAGGGUCAACCCGAUACGGCCCAUUUCCGUACUCUACCCUUAGGCCUCUCUCAGGGCCUAGGCCAGCCCUCGGGCGGAGACGGAGGGGAAUCCCGUGCGAGAUGCAGGGCUGCCAGUUUCAGCCAGUUCACCAGACGGAUGUCCGAGUCUCCUAGCAACGACGCGGGCCGACAGAUGUCCAUGUCUCCGAGCAACGACGCGGCCCGACACACAGCGGUCUGACUACGCUACUGUAGCAAUUCAAUGCGAACUUUCUUUAUCCCCACAGGGGACGUUUAGCCACUAGCGUGGUAGCGACAUGGAGUCCCGAAUGCUCCUCUGCGAUCUCUCAACCCCAUGUAGACUUUGUGGUGUUCUCUUUCUGGUAACGGUGAGAUGAUGUAACACGCCGAUCGCGGACUUGUCCUUCUGGACGGAUAAUCUACAUAUUCUUGACCAUUUGUAUGUUUAUUUGCAUAAUGAGAAGUGACUGUAAAGUUAGUUCCUUUCUAAGGGGAAAACUCCUUCAGCCAGAUGGAUUUCUCUGAGAGAGCUUCCCAUGUCUGGAACACACUGCCUUCAGACAUGGGACUGCUCUUUACCACACCUUCACAAAUAACCUGAAGACAUGGCUAAAGGACAGUCAGGUGUGUGAACACAAUCCCCAGCUGUAUGGACCUGCUUUCCAUGUUGUCAACAACACAAUCCCCAGCUGUAUGGACCUGCUUUCCAUGUUGUCAACACAAUCCCCAGCUGUGUGGACCUGCUUUCCAUGUUAUCAACACACAAUCCCCAGCUGUGUGGACCUGCUUUCCAUGUUGUCAACACAACCCCCAGCUGUAUGGACCUGCUUUCCAUGUUGUCAACACCAUCCCCAGCUGUAUGGACCUGCUUUCCAUGUUGUCUACACAAUCCCCAGCUGUGUGGACCUGCUUUCCAUGUUGUCAACACAAUCCCCAGCUGUGUGGACCUCCUUUCCAUGUUGUCAACACCAUCCCCAGCUGUAUGGACCUGCUUUCCAUGUUGUCAACACAAUCCCCAGCUGUGUGGACCUGCUUUCCAUGUUGUCUACAACACAACCCCCAGCUGUGUGGACCUCCUUUCCAUGUUAUCAACACAAUCCCCAGCUGUGUGGACCUGCUUUCCAUGUUGUCAACACAAUCCCCAGCUGUGUGGACCUGCUUUCCAUGUUGUCAACACAAUCCCCAGCUGUGUGGACCUGCUUUCCAUGUUGUCAACACAAUCCCCAGCUGUAUGGACCUGCUUUCCAUGUUGUCAACACAAUCCCCUGCUGUAUGGACCUGCUUUCCAUGUUGUCAACACAAUCCCCAGCUGUGUGGACCUGCUUUCCAUGUUGUCAACACAAUCCCCAGCUGUGUGGACCUGCUUUCCAUGUUGUCCCCAAAACAUCGUUGGUACUUUUUCUGUCAUUUUGUUUGGUUGCUUUUAGCGUUGUUGCUUUCUGUCUGUCUGUGUUACUGGUUAUAUGUUGCUCUGUCUGUCUGUGUUACUGGUUAUAUGUUGCUCUGUCUGUCUGUGUGUUACUGGUUAUAUGUUG